CGCUGAUAGUUCAUAGAUCUUAUAAUUUUCCCCGAUAUGUCCCGUGCUACCAGUGCCUUUAAAGUGCUUAUUUCGCAUCCAAAUGUCCCAUUACCUGCUUUGGAACUCCUUCGAUCCCGUGGAGCUGAAACCAUAAUCUGCCAGAGUGUCCCACCUUCAAGGGAGGAGAUCCUGAAGAAGGUGCCCGGUGUGGAUGCCAUCUAUUGGGCCCACUAUCAGCCCCUGAAUGCCGGAAUUCUAGAUGCUGCCGGAUCACAGCUGCGUUGCGUGAGCACCAUGUCCUCUGGAAUCGAUUUUGUGGAUAUUCCCGAGUUUCAGAAGAGGCAAAUUCCAUUGGGUCAUACUCCAGGUGUCGUGAAAAAUUCAGUGGCUGAUCUCGCAAUUGGAUUAAUGAUUGCAGCCGGUCGUCAUUUCCACGCUGGACGCACAGAAAUUGAGAGAUCCCAAUGGAAAAUCGAGCAAAUCAACUGGAUGAUGGGUCAAGAGAUUCGCGAUUCAGUCAUUGGCUUCUUUGGUUUUGGCGGCAUUAGUCAGGCCAUUGCCAAGCGUUUGCAAUGCUGGGAUGUGGCCAAGAUCAUUUACCAUACUCGCACCCGAAAGGAAAAUGAUGGGGAUUUCAAGGCAGAGCAUGUUUCCUUUGAGAAUCUUUUAAAGGAAAGCGAUUUCCUUGUGGUAGCUGCUCCACUAACAAACGAAACUAGAGAGAAGUUCAAUGCCAAGGCUUUUGAGCAGAUGAAAAAGAGCGCGGUGUUUGUCAAUGUGGCCAGAGGGGGUCUGGUAAAUCAACCCGAUCUGCAUGAUGCCUUGACAUCAGGAAAGAUUUUUGCCGCUGGCUUGGAUGUCACCACACCCGAGCCUUUGCCCGCCGAUAGUCCUCUUCUUAAACUGCCCAAUUGUGUUAUCCUUCCCCAUAUGGGCACUCAGACGAUGAAGACAACCAUUGAGAUGAGUUUACUAGCUGCUAAUAAUAUCUUGAAUGCCAUUGAGGGAAAGCCCAUGAUUAGGCCUGCCUACUGAGGAAAUUUUGCUAUAAAUCGGAGACUAAAAAUGUCUAUUAUAAUAUUAUAUUAUAUUAAUAAAAUGCGAAUUUAGUAUAAA